UUUGGCAAUUCUGUUGCAUUGGGUAGGCCUUACUAAGAUUCUAGCCUAGUAUAUAUAGUGCCAGCCUCUUGGCAAACACCAGAUAGGGAGAGGCUGUUCCAAAGGAAAACGAAAGUGUUUUGCAGAAAGCAGAAUGGCCUCCUCCUGUCAGGCUGACGAUGAAAGCACUUCACUAAAUGAUUCUGAUGUCAGCAAUGAGUCAGACAGCACUGAACCAUCAGAUGAGGAAGACAAUGAGGAAGACGAUGAGGAAGAUGAUGAGGAAGACAAUGAGGAAGAGGUUUUACCCUGCAAGUUUUACAACAAAGGAAACUGUAGGGACGGAGAAAGGUGUGCUUACCUGCACGUCUGCAAGUAUGCUCUUAAAGGAAACUGUCGUUACAACUCCAAAUGUAGACUAAACCACACUGUAAGUCAAGGGGUGUCCUCCAGUGCAAGCAGCAGGGCUCUGGAUCGGUCAUCAUCUAGUGGUGUCCAGAGGCUUACUGAUGGCCGAUACUACCAGUGGCAGCUCAAUAACGGAAGAGGCUGGAAAGAUGUUGAAAAUGAUCACAUCCUUGAGGCCCAGUAUUCACUGCCCCACACCAAAAGCAUCAAAAUAUACAACACAUCAUACGGGGCAGUGAGCAUAGACUUUAAAAGGAUGAAAGUUCUUGGGAAGAAAUUAAGAGUGAGACGCCUGGAUGACGGUAACACUGUGUGGAUUUGGUACUGCAUGUUGGGUCGUCAUUGGAUCAAGUAUGGAGCCAAGGAUUCAAAGGGCGUCUCCACUCCUGUGAAGAGCUCUGACAUCGAGGAAAAGUUCCAGAGGAAUCCAACAAGCUCCUUUACUUUUAACAUCAAUGGUGAAACUUUUGAGCUCAAAUUUAAAGAAAUGCGACAGGUGAGUAAAAACAGAAAGAGGAAAGUCACCCGUCGACCUCUGUACCGGCAACCACAAGCAGUCGCGGGAGUUGCUCUAGCAACCUCAGGUUUCCAGAAUCUUAGCUUGGGCACUAAACCACAGUGGGAAUUUGAAGGCGACAGUGGAAAAUGGCACAAGUUCAAACACAGGAAAAGGACUUCCACUGACUGCUCAGUAACCAGUGAUGACAUUGAGAGCAAGUACCAGCAAAACAACAGUGGCACCAUGCUCUUCACUGUGGCAGGACAAUCCUACAAGCUUGACUUUGGAGCAAUGAUCCAGACCAACGUCAGGACCAGUCACACACGCAGGGUCAGACGUGUGCUGGUGUGAGCCAUCAAGAUGAUUUCCUGACCUCCACAAGACAGAAGACUGUGCGGCAACGUAACCACGAUGCUGCCACGUUCCUCUAACUUGAGAUUUAUCUGAGAUUUAUUUUUGGAUGAUUGACACAUCCUUUUUAUUGUUGAAUUUCAGAAUUUACCUCAUUGCAGGCCUCGUCAUGGGUGAAGUUUACAAGGACACUUUUAAAUGCUGCCUGACAAUCUUCCACUCCAAUAAUGCAUUCUACCAACUUGCCUUUUAGCAUCAUGGUUGUUUAAAUUAUUCAUCUUAUCAACUCAAGUCACAGUAAGCAUUUUUUUUCCCACACUUCCAUACGGGGGUGGAGGAGAACAUUUGUUCUUAUAGCCAAUAAUUAAACAAAAGGAAGUGUAUAACAAACACUCCUGAAUUUAUGGGAUAUGAUAUUUUUUCCUUUUUUUAAUGUAGAAAGAUGAGAUGUAACUGAGCAAUACUAGUUCAAGGCCUUUUUGCACAUUACCUUUGAGGUCUUUUUAUGCUUUUAACACACAAACUGCCUUGAAAAGUCUCUGUGCCUCUUUACAUUGUGCCACAGUUUUUGCGCUGUGUUUUGUGGUUUAUUUGGCUUUGCACAAAUGCACCAGAAACGGGUUUCAGUGAUUUGGGAGAGCAGACCACUGCAUAUUUGGUAUUCUCUAAAUGUAAUAAAAAAUGUUCGAAAAUCACAAAGCACCAAGACUUUCCCCUUUUUUGUAUGCAAGUGGGAUGCCAGAACCUCAAUGACCAGUUUUAAACAAAUAUUUUUUCAACAGCUUGCUUACAUUUCCCAUCAAAUUUGCGAUAAAUAGCAUGGUGGCAUGGUGGUUAACAUGGACAAGUGGAAGAAGGUGGAUGAGUAAUAGAUAGGUACAUGUGAAUCAGUCAUGUCAGUCAUAUCGCAGGUGAUUGUAAAUAAAAAGAAAAUAUCACAUCA